AUGGAGAAAGACUACACACGGGAGAAGAUGUGGAUAUUUCACAGUGCGGACAAUCAGAAAUGUCUUUUUCCUCUGUGGAAUCGCUGCUGUUUGUGUUUGACCGUGGCGAUGUGUUUGCUGUUUGCGCCUGGCUGGACGGAUGACAGUUGUCCGCUGUUUUGCAUCUGCGCCAGAGACUCCGGGACGGUCACCUGCCGGGAUGCGGAGGACGCAGAGGUACCGGGAGACAUACCGGACUGGACCUCCACCUUGAUCAUCACGGGGAGAAACAUCUCAACUUUACAGCGCGGUGCGUUCAGGACCAACGCCACCGAGUUGGAAAUGUUGACUCUGUCGCUGUCCUAUAACCGCAUACAAACCAUCGAGCCUUACGCGUUCCUGGGACUCCAGCGUCUGCACCUGCUGGACCUGAGCCACAACCGCCUGGUGUCUAUCUCAGCCCGGGCUUUCCACGGCCUUUCACAACUGCACUCUCUUUAUCUUAAUUACUCCAUAUUGCCUCCGGCCGCUGUGCAACUCUCGCAUGCGCUCAGCGCGCAAAGCUUGCGCAACCUCCACAGACUUGAGUUGGCGGGAAACAGCCUGGAGUGGAUCCCUCUGCUGAGAUUAGACGCGCGCAACCUGCACGUGUUAGUGCUGGUGAAUAACUCCAUAGAAAGCAUCGGGAGGGAAAACGUGUCUAGUCUGUACCAGCAAAGACGCACGCGACUCUACUUGUCUUCGAACCCGUUUCGGUGCACCUGCGAGCUGGAGGCGUUUUACUACUGGCUGAAGAACUCAUCGCAGUGUCCGGACGCGGGGCGCCUCCUGUGUAGCGAACCGGAGCCCAAGAGAGGGGUCCCGGUCGACAUGCUCCGGGCGGAGGACGUGGACUGCAUGAACGAGAACCUGGAGGCGGUUUCCUACGUGUUUCUGGGCAUCGUGCUGGCACUGAUCGGGGUGGUGUUUCUAAUGGUGCUCUACCUCAACCGAGGGGGCAUCAAACGGUGGCUCAACAACAUCCGGGAGGCGUGCAGGGACCAGAUGGAGGUCUACCAUUACCGAUACGAGCAGGACUCAGACCCCAGACUGGCCAACGUGGCUGUUUAACGUCAGAAACAAUUCAGACUCAUUUAAAAACACAGAGCCAAAGGCACAUUC